AUGGAGCUGCACACAAUUGCUUCCUCGGAGGAGAGCAUCAGUGGAUGUGGUCAGCAGCCAUGCCAAAAUGGUGGUGUGUGUGAGAGCACCGGUGGAGGUUACAGAUGCAUUUGCUCCCAACAGAGCCAAAAAGGUCGUCUGUACGGUGGAGAGAACUGCACAACUGCACUUUCAGGCUGUGACGAAAACCACUGUGAGAAUGGAGGAAUGUGCUCUCCUUUACUUGUCAACAAUCAGCACACUUUCACAUGCUUCUGCCUUGCUGGCUUCACAGGCCCUGAAUGCCAGACUCCCACUACUUUCUCAUUUGAGUCCAGAGGCUACAUGUACAUUGAGACUCAGCUUCUAGACCCAGAUGCUCCUCUUAAUGUGACAUUUAGCUUCAGGACAGCAACACAGGCUGGAACUCUCUGGCAGCACAGAGUGGAUGACCUGAUCCUCAGGAUUGAGCUGAAAGACGGGCAUCUCUGCCUCCGCAGCCUCAGAGGUCAAGGCUCCAUCAAACUUGUUCAGGAGCUGCCAGAGAACUUGUCGGACAACAAGUGGCACACGGUGGAAGCAUCUUUGGGUGGCGGUGUGAGCCUCAUCAAGCUGCUCUGCACUGAAGGAAGCUGCACCAGAGACUUCAGCUCAGAAAUCCCUCUGCUUGAGCAAGCCUCCGCUCUCCCUGACCCAGGCACUGUUCGCCAAGGCCUCUUCAUAGGAGUAGUUGGGAGGAACUGGAAUUUGGGCAGAGCAGAGGAUGACGCAGAAAACCCCCCGCCUUUUCUGGGCUGCUUCAGAGAUGUGUUUGUUGGUUCACAUCUGGUGUUGCCUGUUGCAGCGCCAGGAGAUUCAGACGCCCAGGCAAACAUCACUGUGGGAUGCAGUGACAAAGACAAGUGCGAUGAAAGCCCGUGUCAGAACCGAGGGCGCUGUGUGAGCCAGGGCUGGAGGAGCUACAUGUGCGAGUGCCUCAGGCCAUAUGAGGGACACAACUGUUCAGAGGAGUACAUCACUGCAAGGUUUGGAAACAAAGACCUGGACAGUUUCGCCUCCUUCUCAUUAGACGAUGACCCGGGUGAUUCUAUGACUGUAUCCAUGUUCAUUCGCACUAGACAGAGCAGCGGCCUGCUCCUCAUCCUGGCCAACAGCACCAGCCAGUACCUCCGCCUGUGGGUAGAUGAGGGCAGGGUCAAAGUCCAAGUCAACAACUUUGAGACCCUUCUCGGUCGGAGUUCGAUCAGUGAUGGCCACUUUCAUCUGGUGACUGUGAAGUUGGAAAAAAUGGAAGCCGUCUUGUUCCAGUCCGCUCAGAUCCAGGACUCUGUGCACAUAAGGCCCGUCCAUGCACAUCCUGGGGAUCUGGUUUUUGUUGGUGGGCUUCCAGACUCGAGGGCUUCUGCCUCAUUUGGGGGCUACUUUAAGGGAUGUGUCCAGGAUCUGAGGGUAAACAGCAAGAGACUGCAGUUCUAUCCCAUUGCAACCCCGGUUGAAUCUUACAGACUGCAGCAACUUAUCAACAUUGCCCAAGGGUGCAGCAGUGACAAUGCCUGUGCAGUCAACCCUUGUCUCAACGGAGGAGUCUGUUACUCCAUGUGGGACGACUUCAUCUGUAACUGCCCCCCGAACACUGCAGGGAGACGCUGCGAGAAGGUGAAAUGGUGUGAGCUGUCACCCUGCCCUGCAACUGCUGUUUGUCAACCUCGAUCCCAGGGCUUUGACUGUCUGUCUAACCUGACAUUUCGGGCUGAGAGCAGCAUUUUGCACUACCAGAGCAAUGGGAAGAUCAAGCGUAGUCUCAGCAGUGUCUCCCUCAGCUUCCGCACAAGACAGAAUGCUGCCACCUUACUACGUGCUGAAAAACACUCAGACUACCUCACCAUCUCUGUCCUGGACUCUAAGGUGGUCAUGGAACUCCAGGCUAACAAUUCAACCAGGGUGAUAGUUCAAAGCCAAGGCCCAAUCAAUGAUGGAGAGUGGCACAGUGUGGAGCUCAGCAUGGAGAACCAGAUACUCCAAACCUCCAGGUGGAUAAUGGUUUUGGAUGGAGACAAAGAAGAGCUGAGUGUUUCCAAGGCAGCUGCGAGGAACCUGGAUUUUCUCAAAGAGGGAGCAGACAUUUUCCUGGGAGGACAUAAUCUGGAGGCAGGAGUGAACAUGUCUGGCUGUCUGGGUCCAGUUGAGAUUGGGGGAUUUUCUCUGCCAUUCCAUCUGGACACAGAGAUGAACUUCCCCAGACCUCAGGAGGAGCAGUUUGCAAGGGUUAACGGUAACGCUGCCCUACAAUAUGGUUGCUGGGGAUCCAGUGUGUGCGCUCCCAACCCUUGUACAAACCAAGGUGUGUGUGAAGACUUGUUUGAUCUUCAUCACUGCAAAUGUCCAUCGGAGUGGAAGGGCCCACUGUGUCAAGACCCAACAGAUACCUGCAUCUCCAGCCCCUGUAUCUAUGGCAACUGCACAAACCAACAGGGCGGGUUUAAGUGUGUGUGUGAGCUUGGGUACAGUGGUGACUUGUGUGAAAUGGAGGUCGAUAUGUGUCAGAAGAGCAAUUGUGGGGAAGGAGCCACCUGCAUCAAAGGUUUCCAGAGCUAUGGAUGUCUCUGUCCUCAGAAUAAGACAGGCCAACACUGCGAUGAGAUAAUUCCUGAAAUCCCAUGGUACAUUGAGAUAAGUCCACUUCCUCAGUUGCCCACAUCGACAUGCGUUGGAAUGAGGAGGAACUACAACUGCUAUAACGGAGGGAACUGCUCAGAGGCAGGCGGCAGCUGUUACUGCCUACCUGGUUUCACAGGACUGUGGUGUGAGAGGGAUGUGGAUGAAUGUGCCUCGGACCCUUGUAUGCACGGAGGCUUCUGUGUCAACUACGUGAACAGCUUUGAGUGUGUGUGUGAUAUUAAUUACUCGGGGAUACACUGCCAAAUAGACGUGAGCGACUUCUACUUGUACCUCUUCUUGGGUAUGUGGCAGAACCUCUUCCAGCUGGUGUCCUACCUCGUGAUACGCCUCGACGAUGAGCCAGAAAUAGAGUGGGCGUUUCACGAUAACGACUAGACCCCCUCCCCCCUCUCCCCCCUCUUCUCUCUGGUACGGUUGAACUGGGUCAAGAUAUAUGCUCAACAUGAGGUUCAAACUCCGUGAACACAUUUUGCAAACUUGGAAACCCCCCAAAAAAUCCAACUAUGAAUUCAAUUUUGUUUCACCUUACCUGAGGGAAGAGGGAGCCACAACAUCUGUUCCACUACUAUUUGAGCUUAUAGUUUUGACACAUUUUAAGAAAUAUAUUUAUCGACAUGGUGACAGUGGCGCAGGCCUCUAGUGAGCAAAGUGAUUUUACACACUAUGUACACUAUGUUUAAAACACUCAAGAUUGUUGUCAGCACUUUGUAACUUUUUCGACCCAUUCAUAUUUUUGUAAAGUUGUUUUACAAGAUCAAAAGAAUCAGGGUUAGUUGCCAUAAAUAAACAAUAAAAUUAAUUUGUAUUAUAUCUACUAGUGUUCUGACAUGAUCAGUAAUAUAACCUUUUCUGUCGUGAACAGAUUUAUGUGAAAGUGAAUAUUACAUCGUACUUAUAAUACUAUGCGUUUCAUCUGCUGUAAUUCUUAUACUGAAAACCAGAGAUUGUAAUGUGCCUUAUGUUUUCACUUUAUUCAAAGCACUGCGCUCUCAUUAGUCACUGUUGUGUAUCUGUUGAAGGCAUUCAGUGAUGUACAUAAACUCACAUUAACAAAACACAUGAUGUCUUUAGCUAGGAAGUUAUGUACAAAUAAACUCAUACCAUGUAUAAACGGAUGAAGGCUUUUCUUUAUGCUGUGCAUACAGAAUCUGAUAUGUAAGA